ACCGGGUAAGGCGGAAGGAAGGCAUAAUCUUUCUCCGAUUGGAUAGGACCGCACCGACUUAAUGGCCAAUGAGACUCAGUUCUAGGGGAGUAUAUAUCUGUGGAGCGACUUCCUGUUGCAAUCUAGUUUGAAUCUUACUGAUUGAUCGUCAUGAGCGGAAGAGGCAAAACCGGAGGCAAAGCCAGGGCGAAGGCGAAGACCAGGUCAUCUCGCGCCGGGCUCCAGUUUCCCGUGGGUCGAGUGCAUCGACUUCUCCGUAAGGGCAAUUAUGCUCAACGUGUUGGAGCUGGCGCACCGGUGUACCUGGCCGCUGUGCUUGAGUAUUUGACUGCUGAAAUUCUUGAGUUGGCCGGCAAUGCUGCCCGCGACAAUAAGAAGACUCGUAUCAUUCCUCGUCACCUCCAGUUGGCCGUCCGUAACGACGAAGAGUUGAACAAACUUCUCGGAGGCGUCACUAUCGCCCAGGGUGGAGUUUUGCCUAACAUCCAGGCAGUACUUUUGCCUAAGAAAACCGAGAAAGCCGUCAAAUCAAAAUAAUUGAGGCCAGUACUCACUGUCAAAUCCCAAAGGCUCUUUUAAGAGCCACCCACUUGUCUUAAAAGCGCACUAUGUCCGUUUGAGUAAUAACCUGAAGUAGUUAGACUGUGGAUAUGAGUGAAAUGUCAUGACGCUUGGUCUACUCUAGGCCGAGUCCAUAAUAGUUUUUUUUACUCCAGAAUGGCUACUGAAUCCCAUCAAAGUUAUGGUGGACCUCUUUUUCAGAAAUCUCAUGGGAUGAAAGGGAAUUGUAGUGCACGUGGGUAUUUAAAGAUACUAAUUGUGUAGUGACCCGACCAGACAGAUGUUACAUGUUGGGCUGUUGGUUGUUUGCCAUUGCCCAGUGUUCGUGGGGUCUCACAUGCCGAUCGGCCUGCUGUCUGCCAAUUGCGGUAGUGCCCAGAGUGUUAUGAUGCCGGGUGUCCUGGUUGUUGGUGGAGGGGCAUGGAGAGGGGGUUGGGCAAGGGGUGAUGGGGCAUUGGCGGUUAUAGGACCAGUUUUGGUCUUUGUUCUUCCUGUUACGCCUGGGUUAUUGAAGAGGUUGUCACGAUUGUUUUGUGUGUUACCAUUCUUUUAUUUGGCGUGGGCUAUGGCCAAUCAGUAGCCUGUGUGACACUGGGUGAAUAAACCUUAACUUCUGAAACGUCA